AUAUAAUUUUCUUUACAAAAGUUGGACAUGAAAAGACUUACUGAAAAUUGGGAUAUCUACGGCAAUUGUAAGUGCAAUAUGUUUACUUUCUUUUAUACCGUUCAGCCAAUCGUGUAAUUGUCCAGGCGGCGGAAAAAAAUAUUUCCACCAACCAUCGAUUAGUUCAGCUUUGUACAACCACGUGUUACAAUGGAACACGAAGAAUAGAAAAACAACAGAGACCAAACCCGGAUUAUUUUAGAUACAUUUUUUGUAUAAAAUGAUUUUAAGGAAAAGAAAGACAAAACUUUAUACUGGAUUAUCUUUUUUCAUCUUAUUGUUCGUUAUCAACAGAUUGAGUUUAACUUUCCAUGGUUAUUCGCAUGGGCCAGUACAGGUGCUAAUUCUCACAUACAUGCGGUCGGGCUCGAGCCUGACUGGAGACAUAUUGCAACAUAGUCAGGGGUCUUUCUACGUGUUCGAGCCAUUAAGGUCUCUUUGUCCGCACAACUGUUCGAGCAUCAUAUUAAGAAAUUUGGUAUACGCAAAUGGGUCCAAAAGGACAACACCCAUAUCAUUCAAUAAAACUUCGUACUCAAUACUACACAACUGGUUUAACUGCAGUAUCACCGAACUUCCUUCCGUCGGGUUGCUAGAUGUUUUUCUUGAUAAAGGAUGGAAAACUCAAUUAUUCUUCCCGUGUUACGUGGGAUUUAUCUUAAAAACUAUGAACCAUUCUUAUGCCAUAGAAGAAUGUGCAAGACAGCUCGGAGAUAUUUGUGAAAGGUCUCCCAUCCGUAUCGUAAAAACAAUUAGAGCAAGACUUAAUUACGUGAAAUAUUUACUCGACGACUUUCCAAAUCUAAAAAUAAUUCAUGUCGUUCGCGACCCACGUGCGACACUAUGGUCGCAGUCUCAUUUUCACAUGUGCCUAGCGGAUGGUGGUGGGCGUUACAGAUGUUCUAAAAAUCUCUGCGGGAGAAUGGAGGAUGAUAUUGCCGAAAGUCAUCGCCUUUCUAAAACCUACCCAAAUAGAAUAAUGACUCUAAAGUACGAGGACCUGGCAAAACAACCUAUAGAAAUCUCCCAAAAGAUGUAUGAUUUUAUAAGUGUACCAAUGACUUCCGAAACUAAAAUGUAUGUUUAUAAUAAAACAAAGGCUGGAAAUAAAAAUGAUUGCGAAAUAUGCUCGACACGUGCGAACUCCUCAGCGCAUAUUGAUUAUUGGAAACAUUUUAUAGAUCCUGACUUUUUAGAUAUUAUAAAUACAAGGUGUGACUUUGUUUUAAGACACUUUCAGUAUGACGAAUAUACAAUUAAUAAAUCUUCUAACGCGACCUUAAGAUUUUUACCAGCAUCUUAGACGUUACUAAAAUUUGUCAUACGUUUAGACAGUUACAAUGUAAAUGCCAUACAGACAGUGCAAAAAUAAAUCUAAGCUGUGAUAUAAUUAUAUUAAUAUUACGACCACAGGCCAAUUUAAAAAAUGUCACAAAAAAUGCAUUAAAGUAUUGACAUUUUUAAACAAGUAAAUUUCAUUUUAAAACACAAAAAUCUUAAGACUUACACUAACUUCAUUGUUUUGUUGCAAAAGCGAGAAAGAAAAACAAACGUUUGGAGUAUAUUUUCAGAAAUGUAAUUAUCAUUUAUUAUAAUUCAUUUAUUCAACAAAUUAUGCAAGUCACUAACUAAACAUCAAAGAUUUGAAUAUUUAUAAACAGUUUAACAUGACGUUAACAUUCAGUGCGCGGGAAAGGAAGAAUGCCGAAAACACUCGGAACUCGGCGUUGCACGAAAAGUGACGUCAAGGGUCAUGUUUGUGACACAAUAGCAAAAAACACGAUCCAUGACGUUACACCAACACAAAUAAUACAAUUGUCACCAAACGUAAAGCGAAUUUAUAACUAACCCUUACCCUGCUACAUUUCUAUAAUGAACUGGUCCAUUUUUCAAUUUGGACAGUACCAUUGACUGUGAAAAGGGGUGCUUACCAAAAGGAUACCGACCGAAUGGCGAACAGUGCAGAUCAUGAUCAGACUUCAUGGAUGUGCAGGCAGAUCAUGAUCUACACUGGUCGCAAAGGCAGAAUCAAUCGUGUCCAUCAUGAUUAGGGCUAAAGAAGAUUUCACAUAUGAAAAGAAGGAAACCAUAAAGUAAGCAUAAUUGUUUUCUUUAACGUAACGUUUCGUAAUUGCUACAUGUUGCUAACAGUUCUGUUGUUUCAGCAAAAUCUCGGUAAAAAAAAGAGCCCAUCUAGAUCUGUGGCGGCAAUUUGAAAUAUCUAUAACAAAAACAUCUAGCAUUGAUGUAGUGUUUAUUGACUGAUCGGUUGUCAGUGUGAAGAAUUCUUACCUAAUAUACUGCGGUGAGCGGUCGUUUGCAUUUGAUUUUGAGUAGCCG